UUCUUGAUGAAGUAAUUGAAGAACACAUCCAUGAAAAGAGAAGGGAAUAUGGUGACUAUGAUGCAGAUGGUGGUGGCAAAGACUUUGUGGACUUCCUUCUUCGGAUACAAGAGGAUAAGAGUGCUGAAAUCACCCUUGGGAGAGAACACAUCAAAGGCAUAGUAAUGGAUAUGUUUGCUGCUGGAACUGAUACCUCGACUACACUCCUAGAAUGGACAAUGACAAGGUUGUUAAAGCAUCCAGAAGUAAUGAAAGAAGUCCAAAAGGAGGAAAGAGGGAUUGCGUUUGCAACAGGUAGAGAAAAUAUUAAAGAGGAUGACAUAGAACAAAUGCACUAUUUGAAAGCAGUGAUCAAGGAGAUGCUAUGCUUGCAUCCUCCAAUCCCUCUAUUGAUUCCACUUGAAUCAAUAGAAGGAGCCAAAAUAAAAAUGUAUAACAUUCUAGCAAAGACAACAGUGAUAAUCAAUGCCUGGGCAAUUGGAAGGGAUCCUGCUGUCUGCAAGAAAUAA